AUGGACAAUACCACCAUCAUCACAGAAUUUAUCCUUAUGGACAUUUCAAGUUCUAGGAAACUCCAAGUCUUGCAGGGUCUUUUGUUCCUAGUAAUUUAUCUGGGAUCUCUGACUGGAAAUGUACUCACUGUUACCGUUAUUGCUAUAGAUCCACAUCUUCACUUUCCAAUGUACUUCUUUAUAGCCAAUUUAUCAUUUGUAGAUGUUUGCUAUAUCUCAGUUACUGUUCCCAAAUCAAUUAUAAAUUCUUUAACAGGCAAGAAAUUAAUUUCUCUCCCAGCAUGUGCUGCUCAGAUUUUCCUGAUUCUUUCCUUUGGAAUCACAGAGCUGGCCUUUCUUGUUGUGAUGUCCUAUGAUCGCUAUGUUGCCAUCUGUCACCCAUUGCACUAUGGGCUCAUUGCCACUCCACGUAUGUGUGCACAAGCAGUAGGGGGAUCCUGGGCCAGUGGGCUGGUCUAUUCAGCCAUCCAUACAGGGAGCAUAUUCAGACUUCCAUUCACAGAGUCCAAUGUGAUCCAUCAAUAUUUCUGCGAUAUUCCUCAAAUUUUGAGAAUUUCAUCCUCUUAUGUGAAGUUUUCUGAGUAUGUUCUGAUUGCUGUUAGCUCAAAUAUAAUUUUAGUAUGUCUUAUCAUUUUAUUUAUGUCGUAUGUUAAUAUAUUUUCAACUGUGCUUAAUAUGUGCUCUGCAGAAGCCCGUAAAAAAGCCUUAUCUACCUGUACCCCACAACUGGUGAUACUCAUUCUAUUUGUAAUUUCUGCACUGAUUGCUGCCUUAGGUCCCCUCUCAAAUAAGGCAUCUCUUAAAAAUCUUCUCAUUGCCAUGUUCUACACCAUGGUUCCCCCAUUCAUAAACCCCAUCAUCUUCAGUCUGCGGAAUAGGGAUAUUAACAUUGCUCUUAGAAGAAUGUUCAACAGAUGGAUCUUGGAGGAUGAAAGCUGCAUCCUAGAACUGGAGGGAACAUCUCCAACCAGAAAGCCGACCAGGGGCAGGAAAGGCUCUCCAGAAUCAUCUUGA